AUGGCAGCAACAAUGGCAAUGAUGAUCAACUCCAAGUGUCUAAACACAGCCAUACCAAAGUUGCAAAACCCAGCAACUAGCACUACUAGAGUAACAACAUGCAAAACCACCACCGUUCAGAACCUACCAAAGGCUCUUACCUCUAUUGACACCAACGUUGUAUCACCUUCCAUUGCAAUUGCAGGGGCAAUAUUUUCUUCCCUCGCAACCUGUGAUGCUGCUUUUGCCGCUCAACAAAUAGCAGAAAUAGCAGAAGGUGAUAACAGAGGAUUAGCACUGUUGUUGCCAUUGGUUCCAGCUAUAGGGUGGGUUUUGUACAACAUAUUGCAACCAGCUUUGAACCAAAUCAACCGUAUGCGUAGCACGAGGGGAGUGAUUGUUGGGCUUGGACUCGGGCUUGGUGGGCUUGCGGUAUCGGGUAUGGUGUCAGAAGCAUCUGCUAGUGAGAUAGGUAUGAUCGCUGAGGCUGCUCGAAGUGACAACAGGGGAACACUUCUGCUGUUUGUGGUUGCACCAGCUAUACUUUGGGUGCUUUACAAUAUUUUGCAGCCUGCUCUUAACCAGAUCAAUAAGAUGAGAUCUGAGUAA